AUGCCUCACACUUUAUCUAUUUCCCGCCACUCGCACUUUUUUUUUUUUUUCUUCCUCCAGUCUCUCUUUUCUUCUCUAUUUUAUAUCGGUCUCUCAUUGCUGUUUUUUUUUCUUUUUCUUUUUCUUUUUCUUUUUCUUAACUCAUUUUUCAUUCCUUUCUUUGUUUACCCUCCCUUUCUUUCUCUCUAUUUUUUCAUUUUAUCAUUAUUUCUCACUUCUUUCUUCCUUUUGACUGAUUUAUCUCCCUCAUUAUGUUUUGCGUGUUUUGAUCUCUUCCUUUUUCAUCUUCUUUUUCCUUUGUAUUUUAAAUCUAACAUUGUUCAGUUUAACACUUUUUUUCUAUUACUGUUUUCGCUCCUCUUUUUUUUUCUUUCUCUUUUCUUCCUUUUCAAAUUACUUUCUUUCUAUAUUUUCUUUCUCAUCACUAUCUUUUUCCAUUCCUCCGCUAUUCUUUUUUUUUUCUUCUUUUUAACCCGCUCUUCAACUGUACUUACUCUUUCUUGUUUCUUUCCUUUCUCAUCACUCUUUCUUUUCCCAUACCUCUCUCUUUCUUUCUCUCCCCAGCUCUUUUUCUUUUCUUUUCUUGUUCACUUUUUUUCUACCCUCUCUCUUUUCUCUUGCUUGCUCUCUCUCCCCACUUUCCCUUCUGUUAUUUUCCUCUUUUCCUUCUCCAUUCACCUACUUUUUUCUUUCCUUUUCUUUUUCUGUAUUUUUUCAGUCCUUCCCAUUUUCUUUCCUUUUUUUUUUUUUUUUUUGAUGCAAUAG